AUGAUCCCAACCACUCGCCAGCGUCCCUGGUCGGGACAACAACCGAAACGGCGCCGGAGCAGGGUCAAGGCCAGGACUUCGUUCAUCAGGUCCUCCACCAGUGGUACCGCUUCUCUCGCUGCCAAACGCAACCGAACUCCGAAAUCAAAAGUGGCCGGGGGAAAUAACCGGAAGGGGUCUGAGUGUGACCGGGGUAAGGAGGCCGAGAAGCCCAAGAGGCUGCAUAACUGGGUCGCUCGGCAUAUUCUCAGCUCAAAGGACGAUAACCCCGUCGCCGCUUCUCAUCAUGUACGGGGCAAGCCCCUCGAGAUCAGUCACCCAAUACCACCUAAUGCACGCAACGACAACAUCACUCCGCCAACCCUUCGAGAGGGAUCGGGACCGCUUGACACCGACAAAGGCCAAUACUCGUUGAUGCAGGUGCCCGAAGUGUCAACUGAUCCCCUUGCUUGGCUUCAAUCUUCUCGCCCCUGCAUAGACUUUGCCCACAAUGCCGCCGUCGGGUUUCAAGUCCUGCCGGUGGCACAUUCAGAGUAUGCCCACGUUGGGCGCCUCGACAGCAAAAUGGGCUACGAUGGCACAGCCUCGACUGAUGAUUUUCAACCCCAAACGCCUCGAGUGACACAGCCGAUCAUCAGCCGCAAGCCUGCUCCUUCCCAAGGCCAAGACGAACAGAGAACAGGAUACCAAGGUCGUGAGCAUAUUGCUUUGGUGUCUUCACUCCCGACAUCAAAGCGAGAAAAGAGGUUCGGCCUGGCUGAUCCCACGGUCUGGGGCUCUGUAUCCCGCACACUUUCUCAGCAACACAGGCUCUCCGAAAUCAUAUCGCCGGAGAGAUCAGACAAGUCAUCCUCCAUUCUGAUAGAGGCACAGUCGAGAUCGUCAAGCAAGCGAAAGAAACUAAACCGUUUUACCAAGGAGCUUGAAAGGUAUCAUGCUGCUCAUCCCAAGCCUUCCGAUUCCUCGUCAGGGGCAUUACCUUCUAGCCCAUCACUCAAGACAGUCAGCGCGCUCGUACCCUACCGAUGCGAGUUUGCCGCGGCCGGGCUUGCGGUUACGUCCAAGGAGCAAAAAGAACUUGCCCACUCAAAGGCCUCUCACCUCCCAAAGAACAGUCUUCGUACACGGGUCAUACAACCCCCAGGCAUGCCCACGGCCUCUCAAUUGGAAGGCGUGGCACGGGGACCUGGGGAGUCUCCAAACGGCAAGGGGUCAAGCAGCUCAUCUGAUAUCCGCAUUACUCCACCCAGCGGCAUUCCAGGACUACUGGCGGACGAUAUAUUUCCCACCCCAGAGAAUGAUAGAAAGCCGGCAUCUCCCCGCAAAGUACUGCCAUGGCUCUGUUACCAGACGUCUGAGACUUCGACCUCUGAUGGCAAGCCUCAUGGGAAGAAUAACGAGAACGCGCCCCAAUUUAAACUUCAUCAUGGACCUACAUGUGCUGUUCCUACUGCGGUGCACACUUCUCCACACAAAGGUAAUUCACCCUCGGGGCAUCGGCCAGUCACUGAGAAGGUUGCUACGCCAAGUUCAAGCAGUCCGGCCAAAGGGAUCGUCGACAAGAACGGUCCCAGCAGCAUGGCCCGGAGAAAGCCAUCCUGGAAGGCGCCACCCAUACCCGCGAAAUCUACAGCGCGAUCCGUAGAGAGAUCAGGCCCUGGGCAGAUUUUGACUGAGCAUCCGGCCAUUUCCUCAGCCAAGAAGGCGGUUCCGGAUCAUGAAAAGUGCUUAUCGGUUCAACAUACGGAGGAGGUCCUGGCCACUCCACCGCCUCAGAGUAUCAAGUUAAAUAACAGGCCAAAUACUGUAACUCGCCAAAGAAUCUCGCAGUCGGCAAGCAACGGGUCACCUAGGACUACAGGCGUAAAACGUCAACCUCGAGUUUUGCCUGAACUUCGCUCAUCCCUCACUCGCCAACAGCCUUCUCCCAUCCCUGAAGAGCUCGAAGCAUCCCCAUCAUCGACCAUGGAUUUUAACAAGCCGCUACCCAAGACACCUCCGGAACAGCAGAAGGCUUUUUAUACAGGGCCCAAAGAUACCAAUGACGCCAGACAAAUCAAAAGAGCACCAAAACAAGCAGAGGAAUCAGCAGAAAUAGUGUUGGAAUCGAGCCCAAAGUACCAGCGCGUGAGCGCUAGAUCACCCCCGAAAUUACCACACACCUGGAAAUACGCAAUUAUUACCGAUUCAUCGUUUGAAGAUGCCCUUGAUGCAGUUGUGCAUAAAUUAGAAGCACUGGACGGUGCCGCCGGUGCCGCCAAAAUACCCACUCUGCCUUCAGUCACGCCGCCUCAUACCAAGCAGCCAGCGUGUGACCCGCCGACUAUAAGCAUCACGGAGCCAACGCCAGAGGCAGAGGAAGAAGCUCGAAUUGGGCUCAAGGCUUCUGUGGAGGAUUCUCCUAGCCCUGCCCAGCCUGACAAUCCACUCUCCCCAGUGACUGCUCCUGAUAGCGUUGUUACGGUGGCAACAAAAGUGAUACUGGAAGACCAAACCGGAGGAAACGAGUCAGAUUGGGAAGAUCAACCAGGGGCGCCGCCAAAGUGCAAGGAGCUUCCUCUUGCUCCUCAUGAGCCGUUUGUGGACCAACGGGACCGCGAUAUUUGCGACAGAGACGUUCUCAAGGGGCUCAGGUUGGCAAUAGAGGCGGCCUGCGACGAGGAAUUCGACGCGUGGAUUCGAAACCAGACAGGUCUCAGGCUGCGGCGGUUUUUGGCUGAUCUCAAAGGGUUCGAAGGCUUACAGAGAGAUGCUGAAGCCAUCGCCGAAGCCGAGGAGGCAGCGAUUAGAGCGGCGGCACAGGACUACCAGCCGGCGCGGAGGCGGAGGGCAGAACAGAGAAGGCAGGCCGCUAUCAGUAGACAUAGUGACGGAAAAGAUAGGACGAGGGGUGUCUCUUAG